UUCAAAUUCUCCCCUUACAAAUUUCUAUUUCAUCCCUUUAUAUAUACUUUUUGUUCCAACAAUUCUGUCUAGCGCGCAAGACUGAAUCUUUCGAAUCAGGUAUCUGAUACUUGAACAUCUUGGCCAUCCAUUCUCAUAUGGGCAGCAUUCAAAUGUAUCAGUUGGUGCUGUUUUUGUCAGUACUUGGCGCUUUUCUUGCUGUUAGUACUCUUGGAGAUAAUUCAGCAGCUGCUUAUUGGCUUCUGAGAGUCAAAUCAGAGCUAAUCGAUCCUGCAGGAGUUCUUGAGAACUGGUCUCCCAGCUCUCACAUAUGUAGCUGGAAUGGACUGACAUGUUCAGAUGAUCAGACCAGAAUUCUGGGCUUGAAUCUAUCUGGUUCAGGACUAUCAGGCUCACUCUCUCGUGAGUUUGGGCAAUUCACUUCACUUGAAACACUUGAUUUGUCCUCAAAUUCACUCACUGGACCGAUACCUCCAGAGCUCGGGCGGCUUCAAAAUCUAAGGAUGCUGCUCCUCUAUACAAAUUAUCUCUCUGGUAAGCUUCCUGCAGAGCUAGGUCUACUGAAGAAGUUGCAAGUUCUUAGAGUAGGAGAUAACAUGUUAACAGGUGAAAUUACACCAACCAUUGGUAACUUGACAGAGUUGAGAGUUUUGGGUCUUGCUUAUUGCCAAUUUAAUGGAAGCAUUCCAAUUGAGACUGGUAAUUUGAAGCAUCUGAUAUCUCUUGAUUUGCAGAAGAACAGUCUCAAUGGCCUUAUACCGGAAGAGAUGCAUGGCUGUGAAGAACUCGAAAACUUCUCAGCAUCAAACAACCAGCUCCAAGGAGAUAUCCCUUCAUCGAUUGGAAUGCUUAAAUCACUGCAAAUUCUUAACCUGGCUAAUAACAGCCUUUCUGGGUCAAUUCCUAUUGCAUUAAGUCGUCUCUCCAAUCUGAAGUACUUGAAUUUGCUCGGGAAUGAAUUGAGUGGCGAAAUUCCUUCAGAGCUUAACCAGUUGGUUCAGCUUGAGAAGCUUGACUUAUCGAGAAACAACCUCUCAGGAACCAUAAGCCUUCUCAAUACCCAGUUAAAGAAUCUUGAAGCCCUUGUUCUGUCUAACAAUGCUUUGACAGGUAGCGUUCCAAGCAACUUCUGCCUAAGAAAUUCGAAUCUUCAACAACUUCUUCUGGCUCGAAAUAAGCUCUCAGACAAAUUCCCUUUGGAGCUUCUGAACUGUUCCUCACUCCAACAAUUAGACCUUUCUGACAACAGGUUUGAAGGAGAGCUACCAUCCCUCCUAGACAAACUAGAGAACCUGACAGAUCUCAUUCUCAAUAAUAACAGCUUUUCCGGCACCCUACCUCCUGAAAUAGGAAACCUGAGCAAACUGGAAAAUCUUUUUCUGUUUGACAACAUGAUUACAGGUGAAAUUCCGGUGGAGAUUGAGAAGUUACAGGCGUUGAGUGUCAUUUACCUCUAUGAUAAUCAGAUGUCAGGACAGAUACCUAGAGAGUUAACAAACUGCACGAGCUUAACAGAAAUUGAUUUCUUUGGAAACCAUUUUACAGGGUCCAUUCCUGCCACAGUUGGGAAGCUUAAGAAUCUUCUUCUGCUGCAGCUGAGGCAGAAUUACCUGUCAGGUCCCAUACCGCCAAGCUUGGGUUACUGCAAAAGGCUUCAGUUAUUGGCCUUGGCUGAUAACAAACUCUCUGGAUCAUUGCCACCCACAUUCAGAUUCCUUUCAGAACUCAGCACUAUCACGCUUUACAACAAUUCCUUCCAAGGCCCUCUUCCCACUUCUCUGUUCCUUCUGAAAAACCUUAAAAUCAUAAAUUUUUCCCACAACAGGUUCAGUGGAACUAUCUUUCCUCUCUCUGGUUCAAAUGCUCUGACUGCAUUAGACUUGACAAACAACAGCUUCUCAGGUCCCAUUCCUUCCAUGUCAAGAAAUCUUGGCCGCUUCCGUCUUGCACACAAUCAUCUUUCUGGCAACAUCAAUUCCAUAUUUGGCCAGCUGACAGAGCUCAAAUUUCUUGAUCUAUCUUUCAACAAUCUUUCAGGAGGACUGCAGCCAUCUCAACUCUCAAGCUGUACAAAACUCGAACACCUUUUACUUAAUAAUAACAAGUUCAAAGGCACAAUGCCUCCAUGGUUAGGGAGCUUUCAAGAACUUGGUGAGUUAGACCUUUCAUCAAAUAAUUUCUAUGGCACAGUGCCUGCGGAGCUUGGAAACUGUUCAAAAUUGCUCAAGCUUUCUCUACAUAGCAACACACUCUCAGGGGAGAUCCCACCAGAAAUUGGAAAUCUAACUUCUCUCAAUGUCCUUACACUGCAAAGAAACAACCUUUCUGGCUCCAUUCCUUCGACAAUCCAACAGUGUAAGAAGCUCUAUGAACUGAGGCUCUCAGAAAACUUCUUCACAGGCUCAAUACCAUCUGAGCUAGGCUGGCUUACUGAGUUACAAGUGAUCUUGGAUUUGAGUAAAAAUCUCCUCUCCGGAGAAAUUCCAUCAUCUCUUGGAAACCUUCUCAAGUUAGAAAGACUGAAUCUCUCUUGUAAUCAACUCCAAGGAGAAGUACCUCCAUCACUUGAAAAACUAACCAGCCUCCACAUGCUAAACUUGUCAAAUAAUCAUCUCCAGGGCCAACUUCCUCCAACCUUUUCAGGAUUCCCACUCAGCUCUUUCUUGGGUAAUGCAAAGCUAUGCGGCCCACCAUUAGCAACAUGCUCGGAAUCAGUGGGGCAGGUAAAAAAGCAGCUUUCCGAAACUGAAGUAGUGGGUAUUAUAGUGGCCAUUGUUUUCACUUCUACAGUGAUAUGCUUGUUGAUGCUCUGUAUCAUGUGGAGAAUAUGGUGCCACUGGAGAGAAGUUUCAAUUUCCAGUUCAGAUGGUGGUGGAAUCGAACAAAAGAGAGAGGAUGGGAAACGGGUCUAUGGAGAUAAGAAGAUCAGGAGGAAUGGUGAGUACUGGAAAGUUAACUCCAUGGCAUUAGUUUCUUCACAAGAUAAUAAGCCAAAUUCUACAAUAUUAGCACGCAUAUUCCAUCUCAGAAUGGAUUCAGAAGCCAUAGAAACUACCUUGUUCUAAAGUUUCGUUGUUAUUUUAUUUUCUCUCCCCUUUUGUUUUUUAUGCAUUAUCUUUACUCCUGUGAUUUCUUACUUGCUAUAACACUCCAUGCUAGCGCUAGCUGCAA